AUGAUGAUCUUGUGGGAAUUAACGGUUCUUACCAGGAACGAGAAAAUUUCCUCCCAUAUUCUGUGGAAGUUGAAGAGUACUGUGGGCUUGGGAAAGAUCAUGGAUUUCACUCUGAUGUUCAUUGUUACCAUCACAUUAGUCCUCAAUUUUUCCCCAUAUUCCCAAAGUUUCGUUAACCUAACCGACAUACUCUCCUCUCCCAACGUCCACCUCCUCACCUUCCUCAGCCUCCUCCAGACGGAGAAUGUCAUCGAAACCUUGCAAACGCAAGCCAACUCUCAGACCGGACUAACCCUCUUUGCCCCAAACGACGGCGCCAUUGCCAUCGACAACGUCCCUUGGGGAAACCUCUCUUUAGCCCAGCUCCAGUCACUUCUUCUCUCCCAUGCCCUCCCAGAGUAUUUCGGGGAUACGUCAUCAGGCAUAAGUACCCUACGCCAACUUAGCCCUGUCACCACAAUGGCCGGAGGCCAGUACACUAUGAGCAUCACAUAUGUGUCGGGUACCUUUUACGUGAACGUCUCCAGUUCGAGCAGCGCCCAAGUGCUCACUGUACUGACCCCAACUACUUAUCCUACCCAGGUUUACGAGAUUGAUAAGGUGCUUAUGCCUGAGGCGAUUUUUGGUACUAAUAGUCUUCCUCCUCCUCCUCCUCCUACACCUGCGACUGCGACUGCGACGUCAGUUUGGACAAAUUCCACACCACCUUACACGCCACAUCGAAGUACGUUCGCUUUGCUUUUGUAA